AUGGCUGCCUUCAAAGCAUUUUGGAACAGUCCAGUUGGUCCUAAAACAUCUCACUUUUGGGGACCUGUUGCUAAUUGGGGAUUCGUCGCAGCUGGUUUGGCUGACAUCAAUAAACCUCCAGAAAUGAUCUCUGGCAACAUGACUGGAGCAAUGUGCGUUUAUUCAGCAUUGUUCAUGAGAUUCGCAUGGAUGGUACAGCCACGUAACUAUCUACUUCUUGCAUGUCAUGCUUCAAAUGAGACGGUUCAGCUCUAUCAACAUACCCGAUGGGCUAAGGCAGAAGGGUAUCUCUCUGGGAAGAAGGAGAAAGAAACUUCAUCAGAGUGA